AUGAAACUCAUAAGUAGGAACUGUCGAGGGCAUGGGAACCCCUGGAUAGUUCGUGAUCUUUGCCAAAUGGUGAAGGAUAAGAGACCCUCUAUCUUGUUUCUCAUGGAAACAAAGAGUAGACAACAAAAGAUGGAAGGAUUAAGAGUGAAGUUCGAAUUCGAUGGAGUAUUUAUGGUGGAUCUGGUGGGGAAGAGUGGUGGUUUAGCGCUGUUAUGGAAGGAUUCAGAUCGGCUGGAAAUACAAAACUACACUCGAAGACAUAUCAAUGCGGUGGUUAAACUCCCUGGACGUAAUAUUUCUUGGAAACUAACAUGUUUUUAUGGUCAUCCGGAUGCUUCUAAACGAUAUGAAUCGUGGGUUUUGCUUAAGCAUCUUCAAUCUUUUAUUUUGGAGGCAUGGCUGUGUAUUGGUGACUUCAACGAGGUGGUUGAGCAAGCUGAAAAGGUUGGUGGAAAUAUACGAAGAGAAAGUCAGAUGGCUCAAUUUCGCCAAGGGUUGUUUUCGGCUGGGGAAGUAUCAGGGGUAGAAGAUUGUUUGGCUGCUUUGGAGUGUAGAGUUUCGGAAGAGAUGAAUGCAACUUUGUUACGUGAUUUUACAAUGGCAAAAGUGGAGCUAGCACUUAAACAGAUGCAUCCUCUCAAAUCCCUUGGGCCAGAUGGUUUCUCAGCAUGUUUUUACCAAAACUCAUGGUCUACGGUGAAAGUAGAGGUGAGGUUAAUUACGGAUAAUGUUCUUGUGGCGUUUGAGGCGAUGCACAUUAUGGAUAGUAGGAUGAAGGGGAGGGAAGGUUACAUGGCUUUAAAGCUCGAUAUAAGCAAGGCCUAUGACAGAGUUGAGUUGGAUUUUUUAGAGGAAGUGAUGAAAAAAUUGGGGUAUGAGAAGUAUCUUGGGCUUCCAGCUUUAGUGGGGAGAUCAUGUGUUGGGGCUUUUUCAGCUAUCAAAGGGCGUAUAUGGGAUCGUAUUCAUGGGUGGAAGGAAAAAUUCCUUUCACAAGCUGGGAAAGAGGUCCUUUUAAAAGCUGUUAUUCAGGCGAUUUCCACUUAUACGAUGAGCGUUUUUCAGCUACCAAAAACUUUGUGUAAAGAAAUUAAUGCAAUGAUGUCCAAGUUUUGGUGGGGGCAUAAGGAUAACGAUGCUCGAAUAGCUUGGAUGAGUUGGGAAAGAUUGGGUAUGGGCAAGGAAAAAGGUGGGUUGGGAUAUAGAGAUUUGGAGAGUUUUAAUUUGGCUUUGUUGGCUAAACAAGCUUGGCGACUUCUUCAAAAUCCAAAUUCGAUGGUGGCUAGAGUCUUUGGGGAGAAGUAUUAUCCGAGGGGAACAUUCCUCGAGUCCAGGUUGGGGAAUCGACCCUCCUUUGCAUGGCAUAGUAUCUGGAAUUCUAUGAAGCUGCUGAACCAAGGGCUGAUGUGGAGGGUAAGAGACGAUUCUUCAAUCAAGAUUUGGCAAGAUCGUUGGAUACUGGUGCCAUCAACCUAUGCUAUACAGUCCCCAGUGAGCACCUUACAUAGUGAAUCAAAUGUUUGUGAGCUUGUUGAUGUUACAACUAGGUGGUGGAAUAUACCACUCAUUCAGGAGAUUUUUAUGAGGGAGGAGGCAGACAUUAUUUGUUGGAUGCCAAUCUGCCCAGGGAAACAAUGUGAUAAAAGGGUUUAG